UCCGGUUUCUAUUUUCAGUUUCGACUUGUACGUGCGUGUCUGUCGCUGUAGGCUUGAUCUAUUACCAUGCAGCGAAAAUAUGCAAUUGGCUUCGCAUUCAAGUUAUUGGGAACAUUAUUAUGUUUUACAAAUGCGUCUGCAGGAAAUUCAAAACCAAAUGUGAUAAUACUAAUAGCUGACGACAUGGGCAUUGGAGAUCUGAGCUGUUACGGGGGCGAAGUGGUCAAAACCAGAAAUCUCGACAAGAUAGCAAAGGAAGGACUAAAAUUUAACCGAAUGUACUCUAUGUCAUCAGACACAGGCACAAUGGCAGCAAUUAUAUCUGGAAUGUAUCCUGUAAGAAAGGGACUUGGCAAAGGAUCACUGGGAUGGUCAUCCUUCUGGAGCCUUGCUCAGUCUGGAGGUCUGUCAGCAGAAGAUCCAAAUAUUGCAUCACUGUAUGCAUCUCAUUCCAUGAAAUAUCAGGCCGUGUUCAUGGGUAGAUGGGACCUUGGGGCAGGUAGUCAAGGGCAACAUCUCCCAGGGAGUACAGGCUUUGUAUCAUUUUAUGGUACACCAAUGUCGCAUAGUCCAGGAUGCAGUUCGGAUACCAUGUUCAGGUUCACAGACUGGGAUUUCUUCCUCCUGCUCCUACGACAAAACCAAAUUGUGAUUGCUUCUGUGGCACUAGCUUGUAUACUUCCAAGGCUCUUUGGAAUUAAAAGAGAAGUUUCUUUAAUCCUUUUGAUAGUGAUGGGAGGCCUGUCAUUGGUUAUCCUGAGGAUGUAUUGUUGGAUGGGUCCAUUGUCACCAAGUAGCUGUGUGUUGUACAGGGACAAUGUCAUUAGUGAACAACCAUAUCAGGAUGAGAAAAUGACACAACGUAUCACUUUGGAGGCAGUCAAUUAUCUCAAGUAUCGACGAUCAAACACUUUCUUUCUAAUGGUGUCAUAUUUACAACCAAAAUAUCCAGCCUUUUCCUCAGAACAUUUCAAGAACAAGUCGAGAAUUGGUCCUUAUUAUGAUGCAGUUUUAGAAAUAGAUUGGAGUGUUGGGAAAAUACUGCAAACCCUAGAAAAAGAAGGUAUAUCAAAUGAAACUGCUGUGAUAUUUUUAUCAGAUAAUGGACCACAAUUAAUCGACAUAUUCACAGGAAAUAUAAUUCACAGCAGUAUGACUGGACAAAAGAUUCUUCAUCGUGGUAAGCAAAAAAUCAGGCUAAAGGGAGGAAAAGGAUCGUUCUAUGAGGGUGGAAUUCACAUUCCAGCUAUGAUGAGAUGGCCAGGGCAUAUUAAUCCUGGUACAGAAACAAAUGUUGUUACUUCUGUGCUUGAUAUAUUUCCAACUGUCAUUGAUAUAUCAGGUAUAAAAAAGAAAUACCAGUUCCAUAAAUUUGAUGGUGAAAGUCUAGUAUCAUUGUUUGAAAAUCCUAAGCAAAAUGCUGAUGCUAUUCAUAGCACUUUGUUUCAUAUAGAUGACCUUACAAAGCCUGGGUCAGACUGGGCCGUUACAGCAGGGGAUAUGAAAGUUCACUUCACAGACUCUACACUGGAAAAGAAUAGCAAGUCUCAAAGAAUACCUCUGAUUUACAACAUUACAACUGAUCCAGGUGAAACAGUGGCCUUAUCCGUCAAGGAUCAUGCUGGACUUUUGUACAACAUACAACUGGAUAUGGCACGUUCUAAUCUAAUGGCGGGAGGUUCAGAUACUUCUAAAACAUCACAGUUUGAUGAAAUACCAUAUCCUUGGAAUGUUCCCUGUGCUAGAAGUAAUUUUCUAUUUUGCCAUAAAAAACUUGACCAUAAAGAAAAUUUCAAUUCAUUAUUCCCCUGACAGUAACUUGUGUUCUAAAUUUUAAUUUUUAUAUAAUUGUGUGUUAGAAUGUUAUUUAUAUAUUUUUUUCUUAUUCAAAUGUAUUGAGUAAAGAACAGGUAAAACAUCAUUCAGAAAAGACUUCAUGUCAACAGGAGCGAUUAAUAUAAGUUGAUAGAAUUUGUUUCUCAGUUGUUGUGAAAUAAAGUUUAUAUUUACACUGAUCCAUA